UAGCGUACUUCUCGAAAAGUAAAAAUGAAUGUAACCCUAAACCGAGAAUAAGAAGGUAUUUUAAGAGUAAGUUCAGUUGCUCUAAAUCUAGUAAGCGAUCCUUCUAACUCUGAAAAAACCAUACUUGGCAAUAACUUAAAAAUGAGUCCACAUCUACCCCCAUUAAAGUUAGGAGAACUUCAUUGCGAGUAAGCCUACCGCAAUUCACCCGCCCUUCUUGAUUUGCACUUUGGACUUUAUUAGUCUAUUCCAGAUUUACACAUUUCCCUCAUUUAUUCCGGAAUUUACAUUCCUAUUUUUAAAAUUCCAAAAUGUGUGAUGCGGAGAUUCAAAGAUUGUUAACUCAACUUAAUCUUGGAAAAUACUGUCAGUUGUUUAAAGACAACAAUCUAACCGACGAUUCUUUACAACACCUUCAAAAAGAUGACCUCAUCCACGUCGUUCCAGUCCUUGGUGAUCGGAUUCUGAUAUGGAAUGGAAUAAAUAAGUUGCAGUCUGGUUCGGUAUAUGUUUGUUUUGUUUGUGAAAAGAGAUUUAAACUUUUAAAAUUGUAUUCUGAUCACUUAAAAAAUGAUCAUAAAUUACUGGGAGCCGAUUCACAUAGGUGUGUUCAUUGUGGUGGCUUAUAUCAAAGAAAGCCAUACAUCAGCCAUUUAAAAAAUGCUUUCAAGUUCCAUAAGUUGCUAUUGAGUGAAAAUUUUCUCCCUGAAAAUUACGAGGAAAGAAAUCCACCAAUUGAAAAUAUGAAAGUAGUUCACGCAGAUUUUCUUGACCGAAGUUUCACAAAAGAUUGCGACAAUGAUAUUAACAAAGAACUUCGUGAAUUAAUUUUCAAAUUGAUUGCAGGAAUUUUGCGUUCAGGAAAGGUCCCAAUGAGCACAAAAGACGAGAUUUUAACUUUAAUUAAGGAGUUUACCGUAAUGAUCUUAGGAGAGGCUGUUUGCAGAUCCAUUAUAAUAUUAAAAAGUAACGAAACAUUAAGUGAAAAGUUAUUUAAGCUUGAACAAAUUAAAAACUUAGCUCACGUGUUCUCUUCGUUUGAUAGUAAACACAAGUUAGACAAGCUUUUAAUUGACGGAAAUUUGUUUAUUCCUGCUCGAGAAAUAGUUUUGGACACAGAUUUACAUUUUCCAUUAAAAAUUGGGAACUAG